GUGCGAAAGCAAAAGACCUUCUUCUGGCUCCCCGUUUCCUCCUCCAUUCAACAAAAAAACCAAAGCCAAAAGAUCAAACCCACAUUUCAUAAAAGUGUGGAUAACACCCUCUCCAUUCCAUAUUUCCAGAAAUCACCCCAGAUUUUUUCGGUAAGAUUAAUUAAACCCUGCCUCAAAUCUCCGCCAAAUAACCCCUAGCCGAAAUAUUCCUGAUGAGCUCUCUUUCAUGUCAAAAAAAGUGUUUCAAUUCGAUCUCUUUCAAAACUAUGUAUUAUCUUCAGUUUUCUUCUUUUGCAUGAACUCUCCAAGCUCAGAAGCACCGCAAGUUUGAUUAAUCUUUUGCAACCAUUUUCCUCCUUUGGCUUAUAUACACAGACCUGUUUAUGGACUACUUGAGAGAAUUGGAAGGCAAAAGAGUCCAUGAUCCUCUGGGGGAGAAGAUGGCUAAACCAAGGUGCAUAUGGUUUCCUGGGCCUGUCAUCGUCGGAGCUGGCCCAUCAGGUUUGGCUGCAGCCGCUUGUCUAAAACAAAGAGGCAUUCAAAGCCUAAUCCUGGAGAGAGCCGAUUGCAUAGCCUCCUUAUGGCAGCAAAAGACGUACGACCGCCUCCGGCUCCACCUCCCAAAGCAGUUCUGCGAGCUCCCUCUCAUGCCAUUUCCCGACAAUUUCCCCACCUACCCAACAAAACAACAAUUUCUCGCCUACUUAACGGCCUACGCCGACCGUUUCGACAUAAACCCUGUAUUCAACCAAACAGUGGUGAGCGCGGAGCUCGACCAACGCUGCGCGCUUUGGAAGGUCAAGACGAGGGGCUUGAAAAACGAGGAAGCAGAGUACGUGUCGCAGUGGCUGAUUGUCGCAACCGGAGAGAAUGCGGAGAAUGUGGUGCCGCAAAUUGAGGGAAUGAAUGAAUUCGGUGGCCCUAUUGUGCACACCAGCGCGUACAAGAGCGGAGAUAUGUUCAGUGAAAAGAGUGUUUUGGUGGUCGGAUGUGGGAAUUCUGGCAUGGAAGUUUGCUUGGAUCUCUGCAACUAUAAUGCUCGCCCCUCCCUCGUCGUUAGAGAUUCGGUUCAUGUCUUGCCCCAAGAGAUGCUGGGAAGAUCAACUUUUGGACUCUCCAUGUGCUUGCUCAAGUGGCUCCCCAUGAGCCUUGUGGAUCAAUUCUUGCUUCUAAUGUCACGCUUCAUGCUUGGCGACACCGCUCGAUUAGGACUCCACCGCCCCAAGCUUGGCCCUCUUGAGCUCAAGAGCAAGUCCGGCAAGACACCUGUCUUGGACGUUGGAACACUCGCCAAGAUCAAAGCCGGGAACAUUAAGGUAUACAAGGCAGUAAAGCGACUAAAACACCACGCCGUGGAGUUUGCUGAUGGGGUGGUAGAAAAUUUCGAUGCCAUCAUUUUAGCCACGGGUUACAAAAGUAACGUACCAACUUGGUUAAAGGAGGGUGAUAUGUUUUCCGAGAAAGAUGGUUUGCCUAGGGAACGGUUCCCAAAUGGGUGGAAAGGCGAAUGUGGGCUGUACGCUGUGGGCUUUACCAAACGUGGCCUUCUAGGCACGUCAAUCGAUGCAAGGAGAAUUGCAGAAGAUAUAGAGCAUCGCUGAAAGCUGAUGCCACCCAUUUCAUGCCAUUCGCUCGUGCGCCACCACAGCAAUUAUGAAGUUCUGGGAAAGGAGGGAUUUAUUGAUCAUCAAGGUAUGGACUUCCAUGGGGCCUUGAGCACAAUCGCUACGCACGCCAAAGAAGGUUCCCCGUUUGCUUAGGGACGAAAAAGAAAAGAAAAGAAAAGAAAAAAAACCUAGGACAAAUUAAACUAGGCCGACCUUAAUUGGGAAUUGUAGGAUGGGAUGGUAAAGGAAAUUUUAUAAUUUCGUUAAAUAUGAUUUUUGGAUGGAAAUAGUUGAUUAUUAGAACCAUUGGAAAUGGUGAAGAGGUGUGAUUAGGAAAAUUAAAUUAAAAAUUUAGGGUGUACGUACGUUCAUAUAAGCUUUGUAUUGAACUAUAGAGGGUGUAGUGUAUUUUACUAUAUAUAUAUAUAUAUUUCAGUAAAUGUUAAUUAGUGGUAG